AUGGCAGGUAGUAGAUAUGCCCUAUAUCAAUCUGGAAAGCUGUUUCAACAGUCCUCCUUCUCCCUGGGACCGAACAAAGAGGUCUUUGAUGCUGAAGCUGAAGCAGCUCUAGCUGGGGUUAAAGCAGCCCUUAAACUAGACACUGCUCGCUUUGCUACCAACCUCUGGGUCUGUCUAGAUAACCUGGAGGUAGCUACGCGCCUCCUUUCACCUUUCACGGGCUCGUCCCAAGGAAUCUUCGAAUCCUUUCAAGCUCUAGCCCAGACCUGGCUGACACGAGAGAGGUUCUCGUAUACCAAUGGUGGCUCAGUACGGGUCUGCUGGGUUCCCAGCCACACACGAAUCCCUGAGAAUGAGACAGCUGAUCAAGCUGCAAAGAAAGGCGCUACCAUGGAUCCUCCCUUUUCAAGCAAACACUCGUACGCCUCGCUGAGGCGGCAAGCUAAAGCAGACGUCAAGACUGCUCUUCAAAGAUACUGGCAGUCUGCGGCCCCUCAAUCCUAUUAA